UGCUCUACCAAUAGACAAUAAUUUUUCGACAAUCGGAUUAAUAGCAGAUAUAGAGCAAUGGGUUCAAACAAUUACAGACGAUAGAGAAAAGGAUAUUACCAGAUCGAAGAUAGCCAAUAGAAUUAUGACUUAUAGGAGAACUAAGAGGAACAAUGAAAAGGAGAAAUAUAUAUUGGAUAUUUAUGAGGAUACGAGGAAAUUCUUGAGAAGAUAUAAGAAUAAAGUUGUUAUAACGAAAGCGGACAAGGGGAAUAAAACAGUUUUAAUGUACAGAGAAGAGUAUUACAAUGGAAUGGGGAAGUUACUUGAGGAUAAGAUCACAUAUAAACGUAUACCGACAGAUCCGACACAAAAACUACAACGAGCUAACAACGCUCUCAUAACGAACCUAUACAAAAGGGAAUAUAUUAAUAGAUAUGAUAAGAUAAAAUUGACAUCCAAUGCGGCAACAGCUCCAAGAUUAUAUGGACUCCCAAAAAUUCAUAAACCAAACACUCCACUGAGACCAAUAUCUUCAUCAAUAGGAGUACCAUGUUACGAAUUAUCGAAAUAUAUUGGGAACAUACUGAAAAACAUUAUAUUGGAAAAAUAUAACAUAAAAAACGCCUUGGAAUUGAAGAGUAAAUUGGAUAUGCUAACAUUGGACGAAGAUGAGAUCCUAAUAUCAUUAGAUGUGGUGUCACUUUUCACGAACAUACCCAUACACCUAGCGAUAAAUAACAUUAUGUCGAAAUGGGAUAAAUUACAGAGCCACACGAAAAUACCUAGGUCGCAAUUUUUGAGAAUAUUACAAUUUUGCUUAAAUGACAACAACUAUUUUAUGCAUGAUGGAAUAUUAUACCACCAAACUUAUGGCAUGCCAAUGGGCAACCCAUUAUCUCCAACGAUAGCUGACAUUAUACUGGACUGUCUACUAGAACAAUGUAUAGAGGAAUUACAAGCCAAGAAUAUAAAUAUACGACUUAUCACAAAAUAUGUUGACGAUUUAUUUGCUAUUAUAAAAUACAAUGAGGAGGAUGACAUAUUGAAAACUUUUAACUCCUACCAUAACAGAUUGAAAUUUACACUGGAAAGGGAACAUGAGAACUCAUUACCAUACCUGGAUAUGAAAUUAUACCGGAAAAAUUGCAGGAUAGUAACAGAUUGGUACAUGAAACCAAUUGCUUCUGGACGACUGAUGAACUUUCACUCAACACAACCUAUGAAACAGAAGAUGAAUACGGCAAUGAACUUAAUUGAUAAAGUCAUAAAGACUAGUGACAGACAGUUCAGGGAUAAUAAUAUGAUACGGAUAAGGGAUAUCUUACGAAAAAAUGACUUCCCACAUGGGUUGAUCACCACAUUAAUAAGGAAAGUUGAGAACAAAAUUAAUUCCCCAGGUAAUAACCAAGAUAAGGAUACAUCUGGCAACACUAAAUAUUACAGCAUACCGUUUAUACCAAAAUUAACAGAGAACAAACAAAUAAGGGACAUAAUGAACGGGGAACAAAUAAUUAUUGCAUACAAAUCGAAUAAGACAAUACAACAACUAUUCACACAAACAAAAACAAAAAUUGAAAAUAGAGAACAAAACAAUGUUGUGUACCAAAUAAGAUGUGAUGGUGGGGACAAUGAAGAGUGUGGUAAAGUUUAUAUUGGCACAACAAAGAGAAAUUUAGGCGUGAGAAUAGAUGAACACAUAGCUGACAUAAAGAAAGGAAAACAAUCAACUGCACUUGCACAACACUGUAUUGAAAAUAGACAUAAACCUAAUUUUGACAAUGUAAGAAUUUUGGACAAAGAGAAAAGAGAAAACAAGAGAUUUACAUUGGAAAGCUUGAGGAUACAACAAAAUUCGAAGAGUGCAAUAAAUACAAAAGAAGAUAAAGAUAAUACAAAUGCAAAUUACACCAUAGCAUUAUUCUAGUAUAAUAACAAACUGUGAUCGAAUAAGAACUUUUACUGUGAUAUUAAAUUUUAUUAUCUUUACAUUAUUUAGUAAUAAGUUUUUUGUUUGUGUUGUCCAACUUUACAAAAAACUGUGAUAUUUUAAUAAUGUAAUUUUGACAAAAAAGAAUAUUUGUAAGUAAAAAUUAUUCUUUAUAUAGAUUAUAAGAUUGUUGUUACUGACUAUUUAAACAAAUAUUUAAUUUUCUUUUGUAUAAUUAUAAUGU